AUGGUGUAUUACAUUCGUUUUCUGAAAACACCCCGAACACAAAUUGUCAAGCCUGGACUCGUCGCAGUCUCGGCAUUAAUCUCCAUCACCACCGAUCUGGGAGAUGCAUUUCUUGCCGAAGACGUCGCUUUGCAAGCACAAUUGAUAGAUGCCAGCGACCCAAGUACCAAAUCAAAUACCAUCCUACAAGAAAAUACAUACAAUUGGGAAGCUGGCAAACGAGAGCUAUUAAUAUCCAUUGGCCCGUUUAAAGUCGCCUCAAGGAUUUCAAAGGUUGUGCUAGCGAUUGGGCCAAAGAGCACAUCUACUUUGGACACUGAUCUGAGCGAUGCAAAAAGAGUGCCACUGGUGAUUUCGGGAUGGAGCGCGCCUUUUAGUGUUGCUCAGAAUAGUCCGGCCGAGAAAUUGAUUGAGAGACGAUUUGUGCUACAGAACAAUACUCGACUCCGGAUAUGGGAGGAAACGGGGAACAAUAUUGCGCGGCAUAUAUGGGACGCUGCGCUUGCAGCUAUUAUGUGCCUACGGGAUACUAACAAUAGCUCCGGCAAGUGCAGUAUGCCGCGCCUUCAAUCGCGGUUUCAGGCCAAAAGCAAGAACCAUCUUCAGGUCAUCGAACUCGGAUCAGGCUGUGGUAUCGUCGGAAUUGCCCUCUCGCAGAUGCUAUUUGGAUGCUCUGUGACACUCACGGAUCUCGCAGAAGUAGACGAUAUCAUGGCACGUAAUCUUCAACUCCUGCAAUCGGCACCUGGAUCAGAAAUUCGAUUCAAGGUUCUCGACUGGGAUGAAGAGCUUGGCGUAGAUGUCACCGAAAAGCCAAUUGAUCUUGUCUUGGUUUCGGAUUGUACCUAUAACGCCGACAGCCUUCCGGCGUUGGUCCAAGUGCUAGAUCGUCUGGUUCGGUCAUCGCCCGAUGCCGUUGUUCUGGUGUCUUUGAAGAGACGGCAUGAGAGCGAGGCGGUGUUUUUUGAUCUGAUGCGACAAUCCGCGUUGGUGGUACUGGAAGAAUCAACGCAUUCGCUGCCGGCGCCAUACGCUGAAGAAGAUCGAAUUGAGAUGUAUCUUUUUGGGCGCGACCGACAGGGAUAG